AUGGUGGGAGGAGAGUGUGACACUUGCAAGGCGGGGCUCGAAAACCUUUGGCAUACGUUCUAUCAUUGCCCGUUCGCGGAGGAGGUUUGGAGGUGCAGCGGGGUUCAGGCCUUCAUAACUGAUAUCACAGCUCACAGCGAAUCUUUCGUGGAGAGCCUGUUCCUAAUAAUUGGAAGUAGUGAUGCUGAGCUCAAAGCUAAAAUCUGCAUGUUGUUAUGGCAGAUAUGGAGGGAUCGAAAUGGGGUUAUUUGGAAAGGUGCGAUCCCUGCCCCGACUCGCUCGAUCGCUGCGGCUAUGGAGAGUCGAAAUGACUGGAUUAUGGCUCGACAUAAGCUCUCACACCAGGUGCCUUCUGCUGCAGCUGCUUCUACAUGCGUGGGCUGGCAUCCUCUUCAGCCGGGUUAUGUUAAGUGUGGAGUGGAUGUUGCUUUCUUCGAGGAUUUGCAUGCGAUGGGAGUUGGCCUUGUUCUUCGAGAUCAUGAAGGCCAUUUCAUCAUGGCCAAAACUCUUAAAGUCCAGGGGCUCUUCAAGGUCGAAGAAGGUGAACUUAUGGGAAUAAAGGAGGCGCUUUCGUGGCUUAAAGAAUUAUGCUACAAUCGGGGUUGGGUGGAGUCCGAUUGCAAGCUCGCUUGCAAGGCGAUUAGGUCGGGUGAAAGGAAUAUUUUAGAAUUGGGAAUUCUUGCUGCCUUUUGCCGUGAAGAGCUAUCGUCGUUUUUGGAUGUCCAGAUUUGCCAUGUCAAGAGAGAUCGCAAUGUCAUUGCGCAUUGUUUAGCUAGAGCUGCAAGAGAUUUUCUUACACACCAUGUUUGGAAUGAACCCCCGGCGCUUGUGGAGGGUCAUCUCCAUUUACCAUGCUCAUGUGUUUAA